AGUCUCAAUAACUACUUAUUUCUUGGUAAUCUGUUGGAAGACACAAGCAUGUGAUUGAGUUUCUUAUGUUUUCUGACCAAACCCCACCAGAAUACAUUGCAACCACUCAAUCCAUUAGCUUUCAUUAAACAUUCAUCCAUCUAUAUAUACAAGUGCAUUAUCCAAUACAAAUUCUCACAUCUUCCUCUACAAUUCAUCUUUUCAAGUUUUUUCGGAACUACUUCAUACUCCAAAUUACCAACAGCAAUGGCCAUCCUUGUGCCAAGAAUUAGUCAAGCUAAGCAGAUUCUUCGUCAAUCUAAACUCUUUGUAAAUGAAACAACCUCGACUUCAACGAAUGUUCCCAAAGGAUGCUUUGCAGUCUAUGUUGGGGAGAGCCAAAAGAAGAGAUUUAUAGUUCCAAUUUCACUUUUGAAUCAGCCAUCCUUUCAAAAGUUGUUAAGCGUAGCUGAGGAAGAAUUUGGAUUCAAUCAUCCUAUGGGUGGUCUCACAAUUCCUUGCAGAGAAGAUGUCUUCAUUAAUCUCACUUCAAGCUUGCGUUAGUAGCCUACACUGC